ACAUGACAGCUUCAAAAUGCCCUUUACGAAAAAAAAACAACAAACAUGUAUCUUGGAAAAAUUUCGUACCGGCGCGGACGCAAGUUCGUACACAAAAGCAAAGGGGUGAAUAGCAAGGGCAGAUAAGUGAGUUUUUAGGUCCGGGUUGCCCACACCAGUGAAAAACAAAAGUCGGCGAGUGAACUGACGCCCGUUUGCUUCAGCGGCGACAGGAGCUGUCGUCAUUCGACGAAGGAACAUCAUCCUUUGCUGGCUUCGGGGAACAGAGGAGCAAGCGGUGUGGAAAUUGUCGGCGGCCAUUGGCAGUUGCGGAUGCUUGUCCUGUCUUAAUUUAAUUAAUACUCAAGAUCUGUUUGUGGUCUGCGGAAUCGGAAAUAAGUUCAUUCUGCACAAGGUGUCGAUUCAGGAAGGAACCGUCCCAAAGUUCCAAGAGAGAGAUUUGAACCCUUGCAGCCAAGAUGUCCUUGGACCGGAAGUCAGACGUCAGGAAUGGAACAUGCGUGCUUCUGAUGUCAGUCAAGAAUCUUAAAGAUGAAGGCGUGGGCAAAAGUCUGACCGACUUCACUACCAAGCAGAAUGGGGAGGGGCCGCAUCCUCGUCAGGAGGAGAAGAGUUCGCACAAGAAAGGAAAAGGGAAGACCGAUGUGGCGUCCACCUACUUCAACGAGAAGAUCGACAUCCCACAGAACACCAGUAAAAUAUUCAGUCUACGGAAGCUCUGGGCCUUCUCAGGUCCCGGCUUUCUCAUGAGCAUCGCCUACCUUGACCCCGGCAACAUUGAGUCUGACCUCAGGUCUGGGUCGUUAGCACAGUUCAAGUUGCUAUGGGUACUACUUACUGCAACCGUACUGGGCCUGCUGAUGCAGCGGCUUUCCGCAAGACUGGGCGUGGUGACGGGGCGCCACCUGGCGGAGGUGUGUUAUCACCAGUAUCCUCGCUUUCCACGCGUGUUGCUGUGGAUCAUGGUGGAGAUCGCCAUCAUUGGCUCCGAUAUACAAGAAGUCAUCGGCACCUCCAUCGCCUUCUACCUCCUCUCCGACGGCAAGAUCCCGCUGUACGGAGGGGCGCUCAUCACCAUCGCAGACACCUUCACUUUCCUCCUGCUGGACAAAUACGGGCUGCGCAAGCUGGAGGCCUUCUUCUGUACCCUCAUCACCAUCAUGGCUAUCACCUUCGGCUACGAGUACAUAGUGGUGGCACCAAACCAAAGGGACGUUGUCAAAGGCCUGUUCUAUCCGAAUUGUGAAGGCUGCGGAGCAUCCCAGCUUUUACAGGGCGUGGGCAUCGUGGGGGCCAUCAUCAUGCCCCACAACAUUUACCUCCAUUCCGCUCUGGUUAAGUCUCGCCAGGUAGACCGGCGGAACAAAGAAGAAGUGCAUGAAGCCAACAAAUAUUUUUUCAUCGAGGCGGGCAUCGCUCUCUUCAUCUCAUUUCUCAUCAACGUCUUUGUGGUGUCCGUGUUCGCCGAGGGUUUCUAUGGACGCACGGCGGUGGAAGUGUAUAACAACUGUCUGGCGCAGAGCAACCCGCAUGCUGACGUCUUCAAUACAACAGAUCUAGAUGUGGACAUUUACAGAGGGGGAGUGUUCCUGGGAUGCCAGUUCGGACUUCCAGCUAUGUACGUAUGGGCCGUAGGUAUUCUGGCUGCCGGUCAGAGCUCGACCAUGACAGGCACAUACACUGGACAGUUCGUCAUGGAGGGCUUCCUCAAUCUCCGGUGGAAGAGAUGGCAGCGCGUGCUGUUGACACGCUCCAUUGCUAUCGCCCCCACAAUCUCACUGGCCGUCUUUCAGGGCAUCAACGACCUGACGACCAUGAACGAUCUUCUCAAUGUCGUCAUGAGUCUGCAGCUGCCCUUCGCCCUCAUCCCCAUCUUAACCUUCACCUCGGCGCCGGAGGUCAUGGCCGACUACCGAAACGGACGGAUAAUGAAGACAAUAAUCAGCAUCCUGGCUGUAACUGUCAUUGCCAUCAACAUGUACUUCGUAGCUGUCUACAUACAGGAGGUGCCUUCUCUUUGGUACAUCUACUUCAUCGUAGCCAUUGUCAUUGCACUCUACUUCACCUUCAUCAUCUACCUGGCAUUAUUUUGUCUGCAUGCCAUGGGCGUCAAAGUAUUUGAAAGACUUCCAAUGUGUAAGAAAACACUGGAGAUAAAACACAUGCUUGAUGAGAAUGACCUGGAGCCAAGAGAAGGGAACUAACUACUGAAUAUGAAGCAUGUUGUAAAGGACAAAACCAGAGGGGAAAUUGUCAGAAACCCAUGUUUAAAGACGUAUGCCCUAGGCAAAGCAACCCCGCACAUAACCAUGAAACACAGAAGUGCACUUCAGGGAACCUGCCACCUUGUGAAAUGGGAGUUACUGAGAUUAGGAGAUUAAGCAAUAGCUAAAAAAAAAAAAAGCCAAAAAAAACUCCAAAAAUAUAUUGACAAGCUAGUGGCAGUUUCUAACUCCUGCAUAUCAGAUGUUUGCUUUGUUGUCAACUGGCACAUCAACCAUGACUGUGACCACUGACCUUUUUAUUUCUGUGCCGGUCAAUGCUUUUUGUAGUUGUGAUGGUCUGCAUCUUACAGUGUUGUAUGACAUGUUGUAUAUCUCUACCUAUCUUAUCUCAUUUUUCUAUGUUGUCAUGUUUUCCAAACAUCCCGUAAGUUCUGCUGCUGUGAUCUUCUCUGUUUAACUCACCAACACAUCCAACCAUUUCAAUUUUUUUACAUGUUCAUUGUGUACUUGUAUCUCAAUUGAUAGCACAUUUUCUCCACUGUCAUUGUCAUGCAUCGUUUGAAUGCAUGCAUUAGUGCAGUGCGCACAUGCAGAAGUUUAGAAGGUAUUAUUUCAUUGUCUUUUUCUCUCCACAGAUGCAAUGUUCUGUUCAAUAUUUGAAGCAGAAUAAAUAAAGUGAUAUUUGAAAACAAAAAUUUGUUUAAGGGAGAGAGUACUGUUUUCAGCCAGAAAGGCAGAGAACAAAGUUAGCUUGACCCCAAUAAAUUGCAAAAUAAUUAGGUAAUAAUGAAAAAAAAAGCAAACGAAAACUAUCCUUUGUCAAAAUUAAGAAAUUUUAAGUUUAUAAGUCAAUGCAGCAUAAAGACCCAAUGCAGAAACUUAUGAUAUUCAAAUAACAAGCCAACACAUUUUCUUGCUUCUUGUUUUAAAAAGUGUAAUGUGCUAGAAAACUCUUAUAUACAGGGCAGAUAAUUUCUACAAAUGAAGAGCCUGUUGACUGUACAUGUCAUCAAACAUUCAACCACUUGUGGCUGUGCAAAAAAUAAAAAAAGAGAACAA